GUAUCUGUUGAAUACUCAUUGCUAUCGCACGGAUUUUUGGCGUGUGUACCGUAACUUUUAAAUUUCUAGCGAAAAACGCUUGUGGAGCUGUUCUUAUAACCACUUGUGAUCGGGAGAAGGGAAACGCGAGGGUUGAAUCUGCCGGUUUUCGCGAAUUCGGUUGUUGUUGUUAUUCGAUGAUGUUGAUAUUCUUGUUGGGCUUGGUAUAGUUUUGAAAGCCUUCCAACUCCCAGUGUUUUGUUUUGUCUUCGAUUUAGAGAGAGGCAGUCGAGUGAGACAGUAUAGUGCUCCACUUGUCACGAUCUAAACAACUACACCAUUUAUUUGCGUGCGAUCUAUCAAAACCGAACGCAUAUCAGCAACAGCGUCGAUUGAGGCGACGACGAACGGCGGCGGCUGCGGCGUGGCACAUCGUGAUAAAGUAGCGCACUUUAAUUCGCAUAGUGGGACUGUUCGUGGUAACAACACAAUAAUCAAGCGUAUGCUGUCGGAAAGUUUGUGGACAAAAAUAGAAGUGUAGUGUAGUGAUCUGAUAACAUAUUUUAAUUGGUUGAUAAAAUUAUUUCGAUCGUUAUCAUUCGCACAGCUGGCGCUGGGUGAUCUGCUUUUUGUAUCCAUUCAAUUUAUUUAAAAUUUCCUAAAGUGAUGAAUUCAUCUUAAAAAGAAUGAUGUGAUAAAAAGAGCAACAACAACAAAAAACUGAUCUCUUUGCAUUCAAGAAACCUGUAAAUUCUCAGACUGAACUAAAUACUUACUCCCCAAAAAAAUAAAAACCAAACCAAAAGCAAACAACUUUAAAAUACUCCUGAACUUCACUUCAAAACUAUCACCAUCACAAUGGGAUGCUUUAGCAAAGUCCGUGAAAACCUCAAACCCUCUAAAUUACCCGAAAAUGUUGACGAUGGCCUGGAAACAAUCGAUGAAUACAACAAACGUUGGUUAUCGAUACGAGUUAUCUAUUUCACAAUGUUCCUAAUGUCACUGGCUUUCAGCAUCAUCCUAACUGGGGUGUGGCCAUUUUUGGAUAAGCUAGAUCCGAAAGCGGGUAAAGAAUUCAUGGGCCUUGUUGUGGCUGCCAAUCCUCUGGGUCAAAUGAUUUUCAGUCCACUUUUUGGCUAUUGGCAGAAUAAGUCGGGAUCAAUGAGGAUACCUUUGCUCUGUUCUCUCACAACAUUCUCCAUUGCCAGUGCAAUAUAUUCGUCCCUGGAAUUGGUUCCAAGUCACGUGAAAUAUUGGAUGCUGGGAUCGAGAUUCCUGAUUGGAGUCAGUUCGGCCAAUAUUGCUGUAUGCCGUUCGUACUUAUCAUCAGCGACGAGAUUAAGUGAACGCACCGGGGCGGUGUCAAUGAUUUCCUUGGCUCAAGUCUUGGGUUUCAUUGUUGGUCCGGCGUUGCAAGCCGCUGUCACACCUUUGGGUAGUCAGGGCUUUAGGAUACUCGGAGGAGCUGUCAUCUUGAAUAUGUACACAGCCGCUGGAUGGAUCAAUGUUUUGAUGGGCAUAGCAAACAUAGUUAUGUGUAUGCCAAGUAUUUUUGAGGAACGAAAAGUUGCAGCCCGGGAAGUGAUGAUAAUGCAGGGCAAGACUUCCGAAAAGGAGACAUGGAAAGCCAUGAAACCGGACUAUGUUUCAGCUUGGACUUUGAUAGUAGCUUUCUUCGUUUUGGUCUUUAAUUUCGUUCUUCUUGAGACAUUGGGCACAUCUCUGACAAUGGAUCAAUUUGGAUGGUCCAAGGAACAAGCCCUCUAUUAUAUGGGCAUUCUUCUGUCGGUGGGAGCGGUUAUAGCCUGCGUGACUUUUGUAGGCAUAAAACCCCUUUGCAAGAUGUUCCGCGAGGAAUACGUCCUUAUCUGGGGUGGAUUCUCGUUGAUGGUCCUGGGACGUGUGCUUUACAUUCCUUGGGGUGAUGCACCACCAAAGGUAGCAGAAGUCUUCAACAUUACCAUUCCUCUGGGUCCCAAUGGAUCAAACAACUCGCUCUAUAAUGAUCCAGAUAGUGAAAUAUACCUAGGAUGUCCGAAAACCCAGACUUGGUGUGCAACAACUAAUGCUCUAACUCUGAAUCAGUUCCUUAUCGGUUUCGGAUUCACUUCCAUCGGGUAUCCGAUUGGUGUGACCCUUAUACAGACGAUAUUUUCAAAAAUUCUCGGUCCGCGCCCCCAAGGCGUCUGGAUGGGAAUGAUGACUGGAGCUGGAUGCCUGUCCAGAGUUCUGGGGCCAAUUUGUGUAGGUUCGAUAUACACACGUUUUGGGACUUAUUGGACGUUUGGAAUGACAACUAUUAUGAUGUUGAUCUCAAUGGUCUGGCUGUUACUUUUUAAAAAACGUUUAAUUCCGCCAGAGGUUGAAAAACAUCCCCCAGUCGAAAUGCAACCUUUAAAUGUUGUUCUAUUGGAAAACGGUCCAAAGGAUUCCAGCUUAGAAACGAAUAGUACUCAUGAAGUUCUUGAUCAUCAGUCUAAAGAUGGCGAAGUUCUCUUGCCGAGUAGUAAAACUGUUAAAAUAGUACCAAAACGUAGUAUAUAGUAAUACCUUUAUUUCAAAGGUAUUGUUUUAAUACAUUAAAUACAUUUUUAUAUAUAAUUUUUUUUUAUAAUUUACAACUGUAAUAUAAUAAAAUAGCUAUAAAUACAAUAUUUUUUAAAAAUAGGUUUAAGAUGAAAUACUGCCCGAUUUGUAAUAGAUUUUGAAAAGAAGAGGUUUAAAAGUGUUAUAAAAAGAAGAUAAAUUUAAAUAUAAGUUUUACUUAAAAUGCCGAAU